CUUGUCUCAAUAGCCAAGUCUUCUUCUUAUUAACCAUAGUCAUCAAUUCGCCUUCAUAAUGCUAUCCCAACAUAUAUUUGUCAUCAUCGCCGCAUGCGCCGUCGGCUCAUUCGCAUCUAUCGCGACCUGCAAAGGAAGCUUCUACGCCGGUAUUUGCCAGGACACUUUUGCACCUGGAGCUCGUCACGAUGCCCUCACGCAGAGCUGUUGCGAAUCUCCCCAUGGCACGAUUUACCAUGAUGGCCCCGGAACAUUUUGCUGCACCACUGCCGACACCAAUGCCAUUGCUUACUUGUAGUCAUGCUGCUCCAACGGCGGGAGGAGACAGAUCAACUUCAACCCCGCUUAAGGGAGUUUCUGGUGUCACAGGCUUCCUCUACUUUAUUUGAAUAAGAC